UGGUGAUUAUUUUCUGUGCUGUACUGAAGCAGAGAGGCUGAGCUUUGGCUUAAAUUACCUUAAGCUUCUACGUUUAUAUAUUUAACUUUAAUAAUUCGCGUCGGCGGGUGCAGCUCGAAAUCAGAAGAAUCAGAACCUGCACAGACAAACAUGGAUCGUAUCACGAGCGAGAUAUCCAGCAAUGUGACCAAUAAGAAAGACCCUCGAUCCCUGAACUCCCGCGUCUUCAUCGGGAACCUCAACACCAUGCUGGUGACCAAGGCCGACGUGGAGGCCAUCUUCAGCAAGUACGGCGUGAUCGUGGGCUGCUCCGUGCACAAGGGCUACGCCUUCGUCCAGUUCGCCAACGAGAGGAACGCCAGGGCGGCCGUGGGGGGGGAGGACGGACGCAUGAUCGUAGGACAAGUGAUGGAUAUCAACCUAGCCGGUGAACCCAAACCCCACCGGUCUAAAACCACCAAGCGUCCAGCCGGAGACAUGUACAGCAGCAGCUCCAGCUUCGAGCUCGACUACGAUUUCCAGCGGGAUUAUUACGACAGGAUGUAUGCGUACCCGACCCGUGUGCCACCCCCUCCUCCGCCCCUCUCCCGGGCAGUCAUACCCACCAAGCGGGCGCGGGUCAGUGUGAACGCGGGAGGGAGCCGACGCACCAAAUCCAGCUUCUCGUCUUCCAAAAGCAGCCAGCGCUCCUCAUCACGAGCCAGUACGUACUCCAACCUCCGGGCAGUUAAAACGGACGAUAUUCAGACCAUAAAGAAAGAGCUGGCUCAGAUCAAACACAAAGUGGAUCACCUGCUGGAGAGCUUAGAGCGGAUCGAGAAGGAUCACUCCAAGAAAUCAGGAGACGGGAAGGUGAUGAAGGCGGAGUCGGGCGAGGUUUCCUCUCAGCAGCAGGAGCUCAACGACUCUGAGGAGGAAGGAUACCUGCUGGAGGAGGACGAGACCAAGAGUCAGGACGGAGAUGAGGGGGAGGAGGACGGAGAGGAGGACGAAGAGGGAGAACACGAGGAGGGCGAGGACGACAGCGUCAACGGGGACGACUCGUAGACUCCGGUUACCCCUGUAUAGAGAGUGAGGAACACUGCUGAUGGGAUUCGUUACCUGUCCUCUGUGAAACCAUGACUGUAUAAAGAAUGUAGAUACACACACACACACACACACACACACACACACGCUCGGUGUGAAGUCGUUUUAAAGUCUGAACUCUUCUGCAUCACACUUUUAUCAGAACGAUCAGUUUUAAUCUCACACAGCUUUAUUUUUAUUUUCUCCUCCGUCUGGUUUUGAGGAUUUUCCGUCAGAAGCACAACGUUGGACCCCCGAGCGCCUCCGCCUGAUCCACGAAUAAUAAACUCUAACUGUAUUUAAUCAGAAUCUCCCACACGGUUCCAGCUUUUAUUAUUAUUAUUUUUUCUGGAGAAUUAAAGUAUGUCCAUAUUUCUGUGUUUUUUUUAAAUAUCUGUCUGGUUUAAGGUUCCGAUGUUUCAAUUUAAAUAAAAGAAUAAAAACACGA